AUGCCCCCAAUCCCUCCGGCUGCGGUGACGACGGCGUGGAACCAUCGGAUAGUGUGCUACUUCCAGACGUACCACCACAACAAUGAAUACGUGUCGCUUCUCCCGCUCGUCACGAACCCGUCGGGCGUGACGCAUGUCAUCCUCGCGGCCAUCCACGUGAACUGGGACCCGGGCCACCUCACGCUCAACGACGACCCGCCCGACCACGAGAAGUACACCCAGCUGUGGGACGAGGUCGUCGUGCUCCAAGACUCGGGCAUCAAGGUCCUGGGCAUGCUGGGCGGCGCCGCCCGGGGCAGCUUCGCCCGGCUCGACUACAGCGAAGGGAGGACCGACGUGCCCCUCGCGCGGUUCGAGGCGUACUACGCGCCGCUGCGGGAGGCGAUACGGAGGUACGGACUGGACGGCCUCGACCUGGACAUCGAGGAGCCCAUGUCGCUGCCCGGCGUGAUCCACCUGAUCGACCGGCUGAAGGGCGACUUCGGCCCGGACUUCAUCGUCACGCUCGCGCCCGUCGCGACGGCCCUGAUGGCGGGGCGGCCCCAUCUGUCCGGCUUCGACCAUCGACUGCUCGAGGCGGCCAGGGGCCCCAGCAUCUCGUGGUACAACGCGCAAUUCUACAACGGUUGGGGUGGCAUGAACACGACCGACGCCUAUGACGAGAUCAUUCGCAAUGGGUGGCCUGCAGAGAAGGUCGUCGCAGGGAUGCUGACGAACCCCAAGCACGGAGGUAGCGGGUACGUUCCGCUGGAGCUUUCGGCGGCCGUGCUGAGCCUGCUGGUCGAGAGGUAUCCCACCUUCGGAGGUGUCAUGGGCUGGGAGUAUUGGGACGCUCUGCCCCAGGAGGAGAACUGCUGGAUGUGGGCCUACGCCAUGGGGCUGUGUAUGGGGAUGAAGAGACUCAGAGAUGCUGCGAUCAUUGUCCGCAUGGGCAGAAACUUGGCGUCCAUCAAUAUCAAUCGAUAA